ACCCCUUCUUGCGCGAAUAGACACGGUAGUAAACAGAGAAUUCAGUAAGUGAAUGGAGCUCUGAAAUGUGCCUUAAUGAUCACGUUGCAAACUUACUGUUUUACUACUAGCAUAGUAUUACUGCCAUAGUGACUAAAACCCAAAUGGUUAUGCAUGUGUGUGACCGGCGGUCCGACUGGUGGCUUUCAGGGUUAGUUCAUUGUCAUUUCGUGAUUUUGGGAGGUGCGGGGCGCUAGUGAGCGACUGCAUCGGUCUAAGACAGCACGUCUGUUGAGGUGGGGGCAGAGAGAAGAGAUAUCACCCUGGAAAAAGCAAUGCGAAGGGCUGAUUCUCCAUAAAUCUCCUGCGAUCUGCGGAGGGAAUAAGCGAGCAGACCCGAUUCUGCGCUACUCGUACCCCAGUUAUUAGGUGAGUGCGCCUCGCCGUACCCGGUACGCUGCGGGCCGUCUGCCCAAAACACGACGUCGUGUGUUUCUGCAGAUGCGUGCUGCCGGGGGCUGCCUAUUUCGCCACGGAGGUGGGUUUGCCGGGCUCUGCGGUUUUUCAGUCGUAGACCGGGCUGCGGACAGUCUCCGCUGCCCGUUGCGGAGCGAGCGUCGCAUUUGCCUAGAGAGAAAUUGACUGCGGCGCGGCGGAAUUUACAUUCUGCUCACGGGGGCUAAUUUGGUGCAAAUCUACGCAUGAUCGUGUUUACCUGUGAUGGAUGUGGCCCAGCUCUGCUGUUUUCCCGUUCGAUUAGAGUAAUAAUCCCUUGUGUCCUCUGCCUGGUGUUUUUAAAAACACGUGUAGCGCAGAUUAUGCCUGUGACUGCAGCAAACACAAAUCAGAAGAAAAAUCAUACCUAUGGGACGUUCUCUUUACUGUGGUAGUCAGUUGAUGACUAGUCGACUGUCCUUGGGGGGGAAAACGUUUUAGUGCAGAUUCCCUUUUCCACAUAAUGUUUGUCCGCCCAGGGUAAGUACCCCUGCUGAUACCCCACCCAGGGGAAAGGUAAAGUCACUGAUGUGUGUACGGUUUGGUCCUUUCCUGUAUAAGUCAUUAACGUUUGCACUGUGACAAGCCAGGGGUUUCAGCAUCUUAAGUCUCCGGUUGUUCAUCUGCUGACGUGCAUGUUUGUUAUUCUAAGCAGACGCCUCUGGAAACGUGAGGAUCCGCGCGGCUUUUGUUCAGUUUCCGUUAGUGCAGGCCGGGCCAAGAGGUUCAUCUCACCUUCUGGAUUGGGCGGCAUUAAACGGGAGAAUGGCGAGGCAUGGAUGUUAUCCUUAGGUUAGCUACGGUGGCCAAGAGAGCAGAACAGGGGGAAGAUUGGAUUGUUGCUGUGUACUACAAGUAAAAUGUGCUAACAGGUGUAGGGCAAGUGUCUGUGAUGUGCCAUGAACAGGAGCAGCACGUAGAUCUCUGUGGAGUCCAGGAACAUUAUUAUUAUUCUUUUAGCUCAGAAUCUUAAUCUUAUUCUGAGUCUUUGGGCUACAGUUGACGUGUCUGUGUCUGUGUGUAUGUCAUCCAUUUCUAAUGGUGAACUGGGCUAGACCCAGAGAGAUUUUGGCUUAAGAUGUGAUCAUUUACUGGUUUUGUUCUUAAAAUGUUUCUGUUCCAUGAUGGUGUGGACCAGUUACCCUUUCACCGGGCCAUGUGUCCUUCUCUAUUUUCAUUCACAUUAACCUAUUAAAAUCAGUUGUCUCCUGCAUGUAUUUUUCAUUGUUGACCAGCCUACCAGCUCAUCCAUUUUUUUUCUGAAUACUUGGAGAGUCUGACACCACGAGGUGUUGUUAAGAAGGAUUACGUUGCCUGAAUGAAGAUCAGCUUGGAGUAUGUUUCAGGCUUUGCAUUGACGUCAGCCAGCAUACCCUGAUGAAUAAUUAAUUAAGCAGAUAUCACAUGAAGGCCUCUCGCCUGGUGUGUGCCCCCCCCCCACUCCCACCACGGCCCUCACCUGUGUGCUGCGGUGCUUCCCCUGCGAGCCGUCCUGGGCCGGCAGCCCCUUCCUGCACCGCCCCCCCAGCCCACCUCCUGUCAGCAUGACCCGCUCCAAAACCUUCCAGGCCUACCUGCCCAGCUGUCAUCGCACCUACAGCUGCAUCCACUGCCGGGCUCAUCUGGCCAACCACGACGAGCUCAUCUCCAAGUCCUUUCAGGGAAGCCAGGGCAGGGCGUAUCUCUUCAACUCCGUGGUUAACGUUGGCUGCGGACCGGCGGAGGAGAGAGUUCUGCUCACUGGUCUCCACGCUGUGGCAGAUAUCUACUGCGAGAACUGCAAGACUACCCUGGGCUGGAAAUACGAACAUGCCUUUGAGAGCAGCCAGAAGUACAAAGAGGGCAAGUUCAUCAUCGAGCUGGCCCACAUGAUCAAAGACAACGGCUGGGACUGAAGCGAGGCCGUCCAGAGGAGGGAGGGAGCCCGGCGUGUGGAUGAGUGCGUCACUUUGGUUUGGUCUAACCUCUGUUUUCUCUCUGACCCGCUCCCAUACCCUGACAGUCACUGAUAAAUCCCACCCACUCCUUUCCUGAUCACAGGGUGCUAUGGGGUAAGGCUGCGGCCAAUGCCCAAAGGAGCCGGGGAAUGUAGGUUCUGCCCCCUGGGUGGCAGUGAUCGAAGACGAGUUUGGCCAGGUGAGGGGUGUAGCUGGGCGGCCACCGGAAUUCUCCACAGAUACACACACCCCCUGGCGGAGCGUGGGUCCCCAGCCUGGGUGUCGUUUUACUGAAACGGGAAUCGUUCGUCACCCAGCCAGUAGAGGAGGUGCUAACUGACCCCUCAGCGAGGUUGGAUGCAGCUGGGGGGGCCCUAUAAGGUGCUGGGCCCCCUCAAUCUGCCAGGGUCCGAUGCCCCUGGAUGUACAAGGCAGCCACAGGGGCAUCAUGGAAGGCCCUGCCAGCCACCGCGAGGUGCGUCGCUUUGCACAGCCAGGAUAUCCAUUCCGGUUUUAGCGGCAGUCAGAGCCAGUCAUUGAUACAUCCAGCUGAAACGUGACUGUGUGCUUCUUCCGGUCUGGCCACUCGCGCGACCGCACGCGACUCCAAAUCUGGGAUGUAUCAGAUCAGCCAGUUUUAUUUCUGCAAAUUAUUCUGCUUUGAUUCAGUGGUGCAGAACUGAUAUCGAACAUCGAGCAGAUUACUAACCGUGAGUUAAAAGUAAAUUUGCACAAGGUAGAGGCAGUCAAGUGGUGGUAAGGGAGCCACCUUGACACCUUCUCACUAAUAACAGCGAUAACAACCAGUGAGAAAUACGACAGCCUUGAGUUUAGAGAAAUACCAUCCACUGGUAGCCAUGGGCACAUGACUCGCAGUGGAGAUGCCCAAUCAGAGGCUGUUAAAAGCCCGGCAGCAACCAAAGAACCCACCCAUUGACCAAACGAAUGGCUUCCUUUUAUGUGUGGGCAAAAUUACAGAUUGUGAUUGGCUGGAGCGUUGUUUGUCGUUGGCCCUUUCUCUGGAAUGUAUCGCACUGUUUUUGUAAAUUACAGAUGUUAAUAUAUAUAUAUAUAUAAAUAUAUAUUCAUUGAACAUGGGCAUCAUACUAUGCUUUGUGUGUUAUGCUGUAAAUAACUAAUUUGUUUUCAUUUUUGAACUGUAACGGUUAUUUUCAUUUUCUUUGUGCUUUAAGUCCUCCGGGGGCCGUAGUGUUUACUCUUAUUUUGUUUUCUACUCUGGACAUAUCUCUGUUCUUUUGUAAACGGGAGAUGUUGAUGGUGUGAGCGAAUUUCAUCAAUAAAGACUCUUGAUUCCUCAGU